AUGGUCGACACUUUAAGACAAAGACUUUUAUCACUCGCUACAAUGGUUUUAGUUCUAUAUGUCAUAUUUUCAACUAUCACCUCUCCUCCUCCAAGAUCCAAACCUCAGUCCUCAGAAAAUCAAGUUACCUCUAAUAAUUAUAGUAGAAUAUUUAUGGACUUUUUUAUCAGCUAUCAAAAUUAUAUCGGGACAUGAUCCUCUAAGAGUACCAGGUGAUUAACCCAACGCUCAGGUAAAGUAUAUUUCGCUGUAAAAUACACAAAACCAUUCCUCUUCAGAUUUUUGAUUUUUGACGGAGUUUACGAGACUGAUGCUUCAUAUGCUUUAUUUACAGAUAUAGGAAUAGAUGAUUCUGCUAUGCUUGCAAGCUGAGAAGGAGAGCUUAAAUUUGUAGAGAAGCAUGACAGAGACCCUAGAGACUGCGCUUCAGUUUUGAAAUUAGAUUAUAACCGAGAAAAUAAGAAGAUAGAAGGGAAAAUAAGUUCACACAACUGCUAUUUUGAAAUAAAUUUCUCAUUAAACGAAUAUACUUAUGAGAUGGAGAGAAAUCCGAAAAUUUAUUAUUCUAUUUUCUCAUCGCUACUAUCAAUUGUAUUGAUUUUAGCUUUUGUAAGGCAUAUAUAUAUCUGCAAUCAUAAUAUGCAGAUAGCUCAGAGGACUUCAAUUUUAACUAUUGGUAUGAAUGGAGCGAUUGACUGUUUUUUAUCUCUAUGAAAUCUUGAUGCUGGAUUUAAAACGUGGCCUGGCUUCGACUAUAUGCUUUUUGCAGCAUUUUGAACUGCUGGGCUAUUUGUUUUUGUAGAUAUGAAACUUGCAGUGUUGGUAUGGAAAGCUCAGCACCCAGAAAUUUUUGGAGAGCUUGCUAGACUUGCGCAAAGGGUGCUAAAGAAUGCAAAUUGAUUAGCAAAGGAAUUAUUUUUUUAUGCAAAGAUUUCUAAAACAAGCAAAAACGUCAAAAAGCGUCAGAAACUGUCAAAUAUUUGCUAACCAUUUCAAAAACUACAGAUGGAAAAAAAACUAUUUAAAUUUAAUAUGAGUAGAGCUCUAUAACGCAUUCUCUUACAUUAUAGCAUAUAUAGAUUCAUGGCAAAGAGCUUUUAUACAUUGAAGAUUUGAAAGAAAAUAGCAAAGUCUCUUUAAAGUAAUCCUCUCAUAGAAAAAUUAAAAAUUUUGCUUCUAUUAGUGCUAGGCAAAAUAUGCACAAAAUUUGAGUUGAUGAGACUAUAUAAAAACGAAUAUUUAUCAUAGAUAAUCAGUGAUAACUAAUAUUGAACAAGCAUAAAGACUAAUAUACGUAAUUUUAUAAAUAAGCCUUAACUUGCUAUGUAAUUUUAUGAUUGCAGUUUAGGUAUUUAUGGGAUUUUCCCGUGGAUGGAACUAUUUUGGCCUUAAUUUUCCCACUGGGAAAAUUUUUUGGUUUGACCCUAUGCUUAUUCGCAUAACGCAAAUGAAAGCAAAAAUUUUUUAAUUUUUUAUGAAAAGAUUUUUUAAAAGACUUUGUAAUUUUCUUUCAAAUCUUCAAUUUAUAAAACUUUUUUUAAUGGAAGAGUUGCUAUAUGGUAGCUCCUUUUCUCCUUUCAUUGAAGGAAAAUAUUAAAACCUAUAGUCAUAACAUAAGUGUUGAAAGCUAUAGAGAAGCCCAAAAAUCAGAAAAAUGUGAAGAAUUAAUAGAAAAAGAAAAUUAAUUAAUCCAGAAAACGAAAAGUAGAUCUAUCCAAAACAGAUUUGGCCAAACUAAAUUUGCGAGAAAUCUAAAAGAAACCAGAAGAAGAAAAAUUUCAGCAUCAAGAAAACAUAAAAUAACAAUUAUGCAAAUGAAGAUGAAGAUGUCGAAUGAAAAAAUAUGCAUCAAUAAAUGGAAGUCAAGAAAAGAAAAGACAACUUAAAAAGAUUUUAAUUAGGGCACCCCUGCAAUAAUGAGCGAUAAGCAAUAAAAUAACUCACUCACUCAACGUAUAAAAGCUCUUUUCUCUUGAAUCUGUAUAUGCUAUAAUACAAGAAAAUCCGUUAUAGAGCUCUACUUGACUUUUUUGCAUUUUUUGAUAAAUGCUAAACUUAGUUUUUUUUUAUAUGGCUAGCGAUUUUAGCAAACAUUUGACACAUUUUGACAUUUUCUGACUCUUUUUCCAAAAAAAUAAUUCCUUUGCUAAUCAUUUUGCCUUUUUUGGCACCAUUUAGAGCUAAUUUAACAAGUUCUCCGAAAUUUUUGAUUUCGGAAUAUCUAUUGCAAGAAGAUUUUCCACGAACUUCCAAAAGCGGUAUUUUUUAUUAGUUUUAUUUGCAAAUAUUGUGCUGAUUUCUUCUCAUAACUUGUAUUAUAUUACGAUCCCUGCGAUGCAUUUUAUAUUUCUGCCUCAAAUUAUUAAAAAUGCAUUUAAUGGAUACAAAGAGACAAUAAGCCCUUGGAUAUGCACAGUCGUUUUGCUAGCUAGACUGGCGUUUGUGAGCUAUUUGUUUUUAUGUCCUAAAAAUUUUGCAUCGUACGCUCCUGACUCAGUGGUUGCGGUUUUGACAAUUGCUGUAUGUUUGUUGCAAAUUGGGGUUAUAUGGCUGCAGAAGAGCAUGCCAAGCUUUAUCUUGCCAGAAAGAUUUCGGCCACAAAUUUAUAAUUUUGAGCAUUAUGAAUUAAAUAAUAUUUGGCAAAGGCUAUUUAUUAAUAAUAGCAAUUUAGUUUUCUUAAAUAAGGAUAAUUAUUUUGAAGAUGUAAAGCCUGGAAUGGCUGAGGAAUUAGAUUGCACAAUAUGUAUGAGCACAAUUUCUACUGAAUCUGACGAUAAUGGUACAGCAGAGUAUGUAAGACGUAUGCGAGCUCCUUGUGGGCAUCGUUUUCAUGAAGAGUGCUUGAUCAGAUGGAUGAGCGUAAAAAUGGAAUGCCCUACAUGUAGGUCAACACUUCCUGAAAUAAAUACUUAA